AUGUUGAAGCCACGGCUCUUUUCAACAUUGCGGUGCUUGCAGCAUGAGAACCCCCUCGGCCUUCCGCGCUCCGGUGCGCCGCCGCAAAUGCCUCGGAUGCAACGAGGAUUACCACAGAAGCGGAGUAUCAAGGAUGUGAAAAAAGUGGUUGCUGUUUCAUCCGCAAAGGGUGGUGUUGGAAAAAGCACUAUUGCCGUGAACUUGGCCUUGAGUUUUGCGCGGCGUGGUUACAGAGCUGGUAUAUUGGAUACUGAUAUAUUCGGCCCAUCCAUACCCACCUUGCUCAAUCUAGCUGGCGAACCUCGACUGUCUACCAACAAUCAGCUUAUACCCCUCUCUAACUAUGGUCUCAAGUCCAUGUCCAUGGGUUACCUCAUCCCAGAGUCCUCACCGGUAGCAUGGCGUGGCCUGAUGGUCAUGAAGGCUAUGCAGCAACUGCUCCAUGAAGUUGAGUGGGGCGGUCUGGACAUCCUGGUCCUUGACAUGCCACCUGGGACUGGAGAUGUGCAACUCACCAUCACCCAGCAACUGAUAUUAGACGGUGCUGUCAUUGUCUCUACACCUCAAGACCUAUCUCUCAAGGAUGCCGCAAAGGGUAUCGAGCUGUUUCGGAAAGUCGAUGUGAAGCUGCUGGGCCUUGUGUGCAACAUGGCGGGCUUCAAGUGCCCAGGAUGUGGAAAUGUACAUGAGGUAUUUGGCAGCAUGGAGAACAUCAGGGACAUGUGCAGCAAGUACGAUUUGAACAUGCUGGGCGAAAUUCCCUUGCACGGCAGCAUUAGCGAGAAUGCGGAUCGAGGUAAGCCCACUGUCGUGUCUGAGCCUGAUGGAGAGCGAGCAAUGGCUUUUAGCAGGAUUGCCCAAGAGGUGGAGUCGUUGAUUGGCUUGCAAAGAUAA